CGGCCUCCUUAGUAGUACCUGAGUAACCGCGGAGGAAGCGAGUACUUGUUGUGCGCGCCAGGCCUGCCAAGCUACCUGCCAUACCCUCAUUACCUGUCGCUACCUCUCAUUACCUCCCACACGCUUAAUUACCUUUUCGUACCGGACUCCACCGCUUGUGACUGUGAGUACUGUGUGACGCUGCUGUGAGCAAGUAACCACCACAGCGCCCUGCGGAAAAACCUGCACACGAUGUUGGCCCAGCUCUCUUGUGACUUGUUACUGACGGUGUCGACGCUGGUGCUACUAGCGCCCGAACACGGCCACACCUCCAGACUCCCGGCGCUCGAGCUCCCGUGGCAGCAGGAGGACCACCAACAGGUCCUCAGCUCGAGCUCGCUCGACCAGAUACCUGCCUACAAGGUCUUCUACCAGACGGGGAAGAGUGAGGAGGACCUGCCAGUGUGCUCACCAUGGUCCGUUUGCAACAAGGUCGACACGUACGACACCCCGCGGGUGGAACGCCAGUGCAGGUGUCCCUCUGGCCAGACCUGCAGCGCCUCCCUCACGUCCUCCGACGGACACACCAUCACCGACAAGAACCGCCAGUUUAAGCUGUGUGAACCCAUCAAGAAACUGCCCAAGUGUCGCUACUUCCGCGAUGUCACGUGGACUUUCAUCACGUACCCGGACAACGUGACGCAGCAGAUCAUGCACUGCGCCUGCCCCAAGAACUCCGUGGCUUACAUCAUCAAGCGCCACGCCUUUCAGACCGAGCAGGGCCUCGGGUUCCAGUACAGCUUCGCUUGCUCACCUCAGAGCCGCCUCCGGUGUCAGCGCAAGGAGCCCUGCCGACUGUUCACGGUGAAGAAGCGCCCUCAAUUCGAAGAAGUGAACACGAACACUCUGUGCCAGUGCCCACACGGCCACCGCUGUCCUCGCCACCACAUGGACCCCGGCGUCAUCCCCGGCAAGACCUACACGGAGGAUUCCAUACGCACCUACAGCGGCUACUGCAUGUGAACGCCAGGAGGACCUCCGAGCAGCGGUCCGCUCGACGCUCGACCGACCUACGCUUCUCUCCCAGAGCGCCUGGAGCUGCCUGUGCUCUUUCGUUGUGCGCAUCAGCCCAUCUUGUUCGUGAGCGCUGAACCAUUGUAUACAUGCACAGCGGGCCCCACUAGAGCUAGUGUAAGUGUGAGUGUGGGGACGCCGUCACGCUAGGCAUGUCUCGAUCUUGCGGCAGCGGGUCUGGCCCAUGGCAUCGUGUGGUGCCACGGAACGCGACGGUUCUCGGGUUCGUUCCGUGGCUACGCAUGGUGGUGUCACUCCUGUCCGUCGCGGGGGCGUCGGGAUGU